GUCCUUUUUUGGUAAAAUGCUUACUUGCGCGGUUGGAAAAACACUUCCCCGUCAAUUAAUUCGUGCAUUUAGCAGCAAGACCUUCACAGUGAAGCUCCCGGAGUUCAAGGUGCAUCAUACGGAUCCUCUUCCCACGACUACCGAGGUGACUGAAGAAGAGUGUCUUCGGAUUGCUAGAAAUAUGGUUACAAUGCGAAGAAUGGAGAUUGAGAGCGAUCCCCUGUACGUGAUGCGUAAAAUCCGCGGAUUCCUUCAUCUCUAUGAUGGAGAAGAAGCCUGUGGUACUGGUAUUAAUGAGGCGAUCAAGCCCCAUGAUGACUGGAUUACCAGCUAUCGUUGCCACGGAGUCGAGUUCCUCCGCAUGGGAGCGGGCGAAGCCGGAGUGAAAGCGGUGAUCAACGAGCUUCUUGGCCAUGCGUCGGGUUCUGCCCACGGCAAGGGAGGUUCGAUGCAUAUGUACGAGCCCGAUAAGAACUUCUUCGGUGGAUCUGGAAUUGUGGGAGCGCAGACCCCUGUGGGCACUGGGCUUGCCUUCGCGGAGCAGUACCUGCACAUGCUGAAUAACCGCGACAAAUCGGUCCCCGAAGGCGAAACGAACAUCUGCGUGACAAUGUUCGGCGAUGGUGCGAGCAACCAAGGCCAGGUGUGGGAGUCCGCGAACAUGGCGAAGCUGUGGCACCUGCCUCAGAUCUUCGUGAUCGAGAACAACCAGUACGGCAUGGGCACCUCCACGGAGCGGUCGUCGUCGUCGACGGAGUACUACAUGAUGGGAAAGCACCACAUCGCGGGUAUCCAGGCCGAUGGAAACAACGUGUUCGCGGUGAGAGAGGCGUGCCGACGCGCUCGCGAGAUCUGCGUGGCCGGAAAUGGACCGAUCUUCUUGGAGCUGAAGACGUAUCGGUAUCACGGCCAUUCGAUGUCGGAUCCGGGUGUGACGUACCGAACCCGCGACGAGAUUCAGAACGUGCGGCAGACGCGAGAUAGUGUCAACUAUAUCGGACACAUCCUCAUGGAGAAUGGAAUCAUGGACGAGAAGCAGUGGAAGGAGUUCCAGAACUCGAUUAAGAAGGAGGUCAAGGGAUGGGUUAAUGAUUGUCUCAAGGAGACGCCUCCAGAGGAUAGUGCUCUGUUCACCGAUGUGUUCUAUGGAGAGACUCCGGACUUCAUUCGAAAUAUUGAGUACUGCGAGAGCAAGUCGAAAACUCCGCUUCUUUAA